CGGAGUGAUCUUCAUCCCAAAUCUGUCCACCUACAGCGAGAAGGAAGAGAUGAUUUUGGAGGGCAAAACCAGCGUUACAGCGGGCGCACAUCGAUGCGGUCUGAUGCUCUGGACACUGGAGACUUCAGCCUCACUCUGGGAAAACCUACAAAGACUGAGAGCAGCAACUACACCUGCUCCAUCAGUGAUGGACGAGAAGAACUGAGAGUGACAGAUAUACAACUGCAGGUCAAAGACUGUCUGGUGGAGGUAAAGGAGGGGGAGGAGUCUGUCCAGCUGCCCUUCAAAACCACAGGAAACCUGCCCGAAAAUGCCACAGUAGAGUGGGAAUACUGUGAACCUGAAUGUCGGAAGGUCCACGUGUAUGAGAACGGCUCUGACCAGCCUGACAAACAGGACGAGAAAUACAGAGGCCGAACAUCAAUGAAUGAAGACCUGCUGAAAACUGGUGACCUCAGUCUGACCCUGAAAGUGAAAGACCCCACAGAUGGAGACAGUGGGAGAUACAGAUGUGAAGUCAAGCGUGGCUGUAAACUUCUCAGAAGGAAAAUGCUGUUUCUCAAAGGGACAUCAGGAACAGAAGCAGCUCCAUUGAUCCGACUCCUCUGAUGGCUGAUCAAUCAGUUUGAUGUGUGUUUGAUUAAGAGUGAAGUUACUGUGGAGAGUGUUGAUCAAUCAGAUGAUGAAGAAGAGUCACAAGUUUACAGCUGAUCUGCUUGCUGGAAGUAUUUGGAAGAAAAACCUGGCUGACUGUUUAUGAAUGUUUAAAAACAAAUAGAAUUAUUUCACUGUUUCAUUGAUUAUUUAUUGGUUCCUCUCCUGCAGUUAUUUUAUCUGUCAGCCUCAUUGUUUCUGCAUUUUUUAAUACCAAGAAGCUUUUACUUAGUUUUAAAGUUACCACUUGCAUGUGGAAGGUCGUGAGUUCAGGUACAACAUGGGACAGUUUUCGCAAUGACAUCUUUUUUUUUCUAUAUAGUGAUUACACAACAACUUUACACAGAGGUCUUUAUUUUUCCUCACACAGAAAACUGUGAACAUUUUCAUGUGUACUAAAAGCUUCCCUGCUGCAGAGGGACGGCUUUACUACACACUGUGAAUGUUCUCCAGUAGUGAUGGUGAUGAGUGUUUCCAUGAGGUUGGAAUAGCUGCUGUCUCAGGAACAGCACACGUGUGACCUGUUAAAGUAGCUGUUUCAUGUAUUUAUUAUCCAUCUCACUUCCACUUUGUUAGUCGGCCUCUUUAUCACCAACUUUUUACCUCACAGUCGACCAAGUCCACCAUCAGGAACAGUCCCACUGGUAUUUCUCCAGAAAAAGUCUAGUCUAGUUAAUAUUAUGUUUAAAUGAACUAAAUAAUUAUUUAAUGUUGUACAUAUGUAUUUAAUUUAGGUAUUUUUGGUCUACAAUAUAACUGGAGAAAACUUUUUGGGAACUUUGGGGGAGUGAAAAUAAAUAUAGGGAAUGAAUUCACUGCACAGGCAUAUUACAUAUAUCCUAACCCAGUAGGCCUUUCUGUAAUAUGCCUGGCAGUAUCCAGCCUUCCUCCUCUCUGUCUGUCCGUCAGGAGGGGGAAGAGGAUGAUGAUGAUGACGAAGAGCUAGUUGAAUUUCCCCUUUGAUUCGUGACCUCAGUUUGCUUUUUAAAUACAGGCCUAAUCUUACAAACUCCUAAUCACAUAAAUACAGUCUACAUAAUGUCUCCAAUCUCAAAGUAAACCCAUUAUAGGCCACGUCUUACUUUACAGUUAACACUGUAUUCUUUAUUAUUUAUUACAUCUAAAAAUGUUCUAGUCCUGUUCAGCUGUAGACGUCAGUAAGUAAAGUAAGUAAAAUUUUAUUUAUAUAGCACCUUUCAAGAUAAAAUCACAAAGUGCUUUACAGAAGCAGAAAACAGACAUUAAAAUCCAAAGCAAAACAAAAUUAACCAAAAGCGAGUUUAAACAGAUACGUUUCUAACUGCUUUUUAAAAGACAUGACUGAGUCCACAGAUCUCAAACUCAAAGGAAGCGAGUUCCAGAGUCUGGGAGCCACUGAUGCAAACGCUCUGUCACAUUUUGUUUUUAACCUUGUAUGAGGGACAACCAGCAACCCCUGAUCACAGGACCACAGGGACCUGCUGGGGUGAUAAGAAAGAAGAAGAUCACUUAAGUAAGUUGGAGCUACACUGUGCAGGGCCCUAUAAGUCAUGAUUAUGAUCUUAAAUUGGACCCUGAGCUUGACAGGGAGCCAAUGCAGUUGAAUCAGCAGGGGAGUGGCAUGGGAGUGUUUGUGAUGCUUUGUCAGAAGCCUAGCAGCAGCAUUCUGAACACCCUGCAGUCGUUCCAGGGAGGCAUUACUUAAGCAAGUAAACAAGGAAUUACAAUAGUCUAAGCGGGAUGAAACAAAAGCAUGAAUAAUCAUUUCCAAUUCGGAACGUGACACA